UAUGUUGUUAAGGGAGGGACGCUAUUAUUGCGCGAACGAAAAUCCUCAAGUGCGAUUUUGUUUAUUUUGUUGCCUGUCUGUUCGAUCCUAUACUGCCGAUAUGCAAUACACUGGAAGCAAAUACGACGGCGAAUGGAACAACGAACGAAUCGAAGGGAAAGGCACAUACACUUUCCCAACGGAGACAAAGUAUGAAGGCGAGUUAAGAGACGGGAUGUUCCAUGGCAAAGGGAUUCUACAUUUUCCUAACGGAAGCAAAUAUGAUGCACAGUGGUGUGAGGGGAGAGCAGUGACUGGUAAAUACACAUUUUCCGAUGGCUUAGAAUACGAUAUCGAUGAUUGGGAAUACUGUGAUGGGUAUGACCGGAGAUUUUACACCGAAAUCUGUAACGGACUUAAACCUGCUGGCCGCUCACAAUUAACAAACAGAAUUCCACCUCGUGAAAUACCAGAAGGACAUUACGACUGUGGAGAUGGAUUUUAUAAUCCUAAGACUAAAAUCAUCACAGAUUACAACAUGAAGUUUCUUAGAAAUGCUGAUGACGACGAACACGCAUGGAUCAUUAAAACUUGUCGCAAAGGUUGGGAUGAAAUAGUUGGGUACCAACCAAAAAUACCUGCCUAAUUUAUUUGUUUAUUUAUUUAAAUCAAUGAUUUUAUCUUCCGUCCAUUAUAGAAUCAUGUGUAUAUUCAUCAUUUACUGUGAAUCUAGAUAGCACUUCAUUCAAUAAAAGCAGUGUGAUUGUG